CCCUCCAUCAGUCCCCUCGUCCUUCUCCCCUCUCCACACGGCGUCGCGGCUCCCCUCAUUCGCCGGCGUCGACGAUGAACGGAGGCAGCCGGCGGCAGCGGUACUCCUCAGAGCAGCUCCUCUUCGACGUCCCCGCCAAUGCCGGUGCCGGCCGGUGGGCGCAGCAGCGUGGCGGGGUGCGUCGCGGGGACGGGGAGAUCUUCGUGUCGGUGGAGCCCGCGACGCCGGCGCGGCUGUGCGGAGGGGACGCCGCGGCCGGGGACUCGCCGGGACAGAGGCAGCAGCUCAGUCCCGGGUUGCUCGACCUCCAUGCGUUCGACACCGAGCUUAUUCCCGAUUUUCAAGUACCAGGAAUCUAUGAUGGUGCCCAAAAGUUUGGCUAUGGAGGAGGUCUAGAUGAAUCUGAUAUGAGAUUCACAUCAAACAAGAUGAUGAGCAAGUCUACUAUUUUUCCUGAUGGUAACUAUCUGAAGGCCUUCACUGAGAAAGAAAAGGCAGCACCUGUCGCGAAAAUCAAAGUGGUGGUGCGCAAAAGACCACUUAACAAAAAGGAAGUAUCAAAGAAGGAAGAAGAUAUUGUAGACAUUGAACAAAGAUCAAACUCUUUGACUGUCCAUGAAACUAAACUUAAGGUUGACCUUACUGAAUACGUCGAAAAGCAUGAGUUUGUAUUCGAUGCUGUCUUAGAUGAAGAUGUUUCAAAUGAUGAGGUUUAUCGUGAAACAGUGGAGCCUGUAGUUCCUGCAAUUUUUAAUCGAACUAAGGCAACUUGUUUUGCUUAUGGACAAACCGGUAGUGGAAAGACUUAUACCAUGCGCCCCCUUCCUCUUAAGGCUUCCCAAGAUGUCUUGAGGUUAAUGCACCAUACCUAUCGAAACCAGGGAUUUCAGUUGUAUGUUAGCUUCUUUGAGAUAUAUGGUGGCAAAUUAUUUGACCUUCUCAACGAUAGGAGCAAACUUUGCAUGAGAGAGGAUGGAAAGCAAAAGGUUUGUAUUGUUGGUUUGCAAGAGUAUAGAGUGUCCGAUAUAGAGACUAUCAAGGAGUUGAUUGAAAAAGGCAGUGCUACCAGAAGUACUGGCACAACCGGUGCAAAUGAAGAGUCCUCAAGGUCUCAUGCCAUUCUUCAGCUUGCCAUUAAACGCCGUGUGGAUGGCAAUGACUCGAAACCACCCAGACCAGUCGGCAAGUUGUCAUUUAUUGACCUUGCUGGCAGCGAGCGUGGUGCUGAUACAACUGACAAUGAUAAACAAACAAGAAUCGAGGGUGCUGAGAUCAAUAAAAGUUUGCUUGCCCUAAAGGAAUGCAUUAGAGCGCUUGAUAAUGAUCAGACUCACAUACCUUUCCGAGGUAGCAAAUUAACUGAAGUGCUGCGUGACUCAUUCAUUGGAGACUCACGCACUGUCAUGAUAUCCUGCAUUUCUCCUAGUUCUGGCUCUUGCGAGCAUACUCUGAACACAUUGAGAUAUGCUGACAGAGUGAAGAGUUUGUCAAAAGGAAGCAACGCCAAGAAAGACGUGUCUUUGGCAGUGCCUUUAAGAGAGUCGAACUCUUCCCCACUGCCUUCAGUUGUACCCUCAUUCUCUGCAUCUGAGGUGAUGAACGAUAUCACCGGGAGAAGCAAUUUCGGUUGGCCCAAGCAGCAGUAUGUUAAAGAACAGCCUGCUCCAACAUUUGUUGAACGAAUGCCCAAGGCAAAGGAUGCGGUGGAGUUCACAUCAUCAAAUAUAGCUGAAGUACCAGAUAUAAUGUACCAGCUGGGAAGGCAGCCAUCAAGGAAAGAUGUCACUUUGGCGAACAAUAUGAGAAAUUCCGUUGCUUACCCAACUAGAAGGGUUGAACCAGAUGAUGAUGAUGAGCAUCUAAAUAAUCUUCUCCAGGAAGAGGAAGAAUUGGUUAGUGCUCAUAGGAAGCAGGUUGAGGAGACUCUGGACAUCCUGAAAGAGGAAAUGAACAUAUUAGGCGACGCGGAUCAGCCUGGCUUCCAACUCGAUGACUACAUCACAAGACUAAGCAGUAUGCUCUCGCAGAAGGCGGCUGUGAUCGUGGACCUACAGGCUCGUCUGGAGCAGUUUCAGAGGCUUUUGAACGAGAACAAUGUGCUGCUAUAUGCUCAGAGCCCUUGACCGUAGCUCCGUCGGAUUCAUCUGUUGCCCUGUUGCCACCGGAAAAGGUGGGCACUGGUGAUGAGUCUCGGGCGGCAACCUGUGCGUUGUUGCUGUGGCCAUGGUGCUGCUACUGUAAUCCGUCGGUGCCAGUGAAACGCGGAACUAGAUGGCUAGUUCACAGCAUGUUGCCAUGCUUCUUUGGCAUGGCCGGCCCGGCAACCUAUUUUGUACUAGAGUUGCUGCAUCCUUGUGUUCCUGCGCCCCAUCCAAUGUGUAUAUCUCAUAUUUGUCCGUGUCACAUGAAUGCUCUGUUAUUUGUAGCUCAACAGAUACGUUUUUCUCCCCCUUUCUGAAUUCUGAUGUAUGAAGUUUUCC